AUGGACAAAGCGCAGUUCUUAACUACUAAUGAAUGGAUCAUAACAAAAACAACUGGAAUUGCGCCUGGGAAAAGAAGAGAAAUAAAUGAUGUCAUUAAUAAUGAAACUAGAAAAUUUUAUGCUUUUAGUGGAUUGGAUACAAAUGAUCAAAAUGUUACGGCACGAAGGGUUACUAUGGAAAAUCGUUUUUUACAUUCCGCAGUUCUAACACCAGAUGAAAGAAUAAUUGUUUUUGGUGGAAAUAAAGAUGAUAUUGCUACACCAGUUCUAAAUCCACUUGCUGUGUUAAAUACAAAAGUAGUCCCAUAUGAAUGGUCAGUUCCAACACCAGCUCCUCCUUUACCUUUAACAACUAAUUUACAUUCUGCUACAUUAGUUGGAAAUUAUAUGUUUAAUUCAUAUUCAGUUUUUUUAAGAAGCAAAUUGAAUAAUUUAUUACUAGGUCAAAACUCUACUACUGUAAAUACUUCUUCGACCGGUUUAAGUGUGGCAAUCCCUGUCGAUAAUGUUGCUGGACUUUUAGGUUAUAAAUAUUAUAAAAAACAAAAAUAUACGCGUGCUAUACCUACUGCUGGGAGUCCAACUCUAUAA